UAUUUCCUUGUGCUGAAAUUAAUUAUCUAUUAGAAAAACAAAACCACAGAAUUCUAUCUAUUUUGUCAAUUUCCUUUGGCUUUCUUGAUACAAAUGGCCUUUCAGUUGAGAAACUGGAGAUAAUAAGAGGGGAAAACAAAAAUGAUUUUUGCUCGGCCUAAGGUUAAACCCACACCUACAUUUCGCCGCCCUUUUAGCAGACGACUCGCUUUAUCCGCCAAUCCUUUUCUCUACUACUUUUAUAGCUCCAAAUUCAGUUCCAGUUUUACUGUUCUCAAGUGUCACUGCACCGAAGACAAAAGUACAGACAAAUCCACUCAGGGGUUUUCAGUGUUGACAUCAGAUAUUCCAUGGAAGACAGGGAGUUUAUGGAGCGCCAUGGCUGUGUAUAUGUUCAAUUUGCAUAUUCCUCUGGGUUUUGGAGGCUUGUCGAUUGUUGCUUAUAUCUUGAAUCAACCUGUCCUUGAUCCCCAGACUCAGUCACUAUCACUGCUUCUACUUGAUAUUUUGGAACUCAUCUCAACUCUCCUUCUGCUAAAGAGUACCAUUAAGCCAAAAAAUGGGCUUAUGAACUUCUUCAAAUCUAGCGAGUUAUCGAUAGAGAGGAACUGGGUAUUGGCAUCAGCACUGGGUUUUGGGAUACUUAUUUUGUUCGUUUUCCUUACAUCAAUUCUUGCUGACAGAUUAUAUGGGGUAAAGGAUGUGAAUAACCCCAUACUGAAGGAAAUGCUUCUAAGUAGUGACAUCUCGAAAGUUGCUUGUGUUAUUGUUUACUGCAUCAUCACUCCUCCCUUGGAAGAAAUGGUUUACAGAGGAUUUCUGUUGGCAUCUCUUGUCUCAACAAUGAGCUGGCAACAAGCAGUUGUCCUUAGCGCAGCCAUCUUUAGUGCAGCUCACUUCUCUGGUGAGAACUUUUUACAAUUGUUUGUCGUUGGGUGCAUCCUUGGGUGCUCUUAUUGUGGAACUGGAAACUUGAGAUCUUCCAUUGUCAUACAUUCUUUGUAUAAUGCCUUGACAUUGAUUAUAACUUUUUCAUCUUAAGUAUAAAAUUUAAGCCAUUUGAUAUCUUCUCUGGUU